AAUUUCUCUCGAAUCAUAUCCUUCGAACACUCAUUGGUAUAAUGUUUUUCAUGGAUUCAGGAUGAGUCAAGAUGAAUCAAUAUCAUCAUCUCUGAGGAGCAACCAACCUCUUACGAAAUGUGGAGCUGUUACUACAUCCAAACCUAAAGUGUUGCUAAACUCUAUGCUGCUUUCCUGCUAAACAAUGAUCACAAGGGUCAAGUGAAAUGGUAACAUCGGCAGGAAUAAGAGACUUACCAGCCAACAGCUUUAUGCCCUUCUCACUAACAUGGCCCAAUCUGCGAUGCCAUAAGUUAGGAGAAGUUUUCUCCUCAACAGCAUUCAACUCACUAGUACACACUUUCAAGUGUGUCUUAUACAAGGUGCAACAAAGCUUGCCACGAGCAACAAAUAAAGAUGCAAACGACACACGAUUUUUAUACGUGGAAAACCCCUUCGAUGUGAAGGAUAAAAACCACGGGACUUAUAGGGAGUCCGCCCUCUUCUUCUCUUAUUAUGCAAAUUGAGGGUAAAAACACCCAAACUCAGUCUACAAGGAUGUCACAGCCCACCAACAACAACAUACAUAAGAGGCAUCAACAAUAGAGAAGGAAAAUCAGGAUUAUCCCCCAAAAACGCAGCGUCGCACCAGCUGCGAUUACAGAAGAUCCGUAGCUCCGAUUAAUGUGAAACUUGAACAGAUUGAAGCCCAAAGUGUUGGGAACAACCUCUGAAAAUUUCAGCUCAAUCCAACGGUCGGAUCUCCGGCGAUGAUCGAAUUUGUGCGGCUGGUCUGUAAAUUCUGCACCAGCACCU